AUGGCGCGAUGGGUGGCCGCUGCUGCAGGGCAGAUCUUCGGUGUCCGGGGAAACAUUAACGAGCCUGCCAAUCAGGAGGGGAAGCUGGGCUGGCGGCGGGGGUGGGGGGGAAAGGGCAGCCGCGUGUCUUUCAAAGCCCUGAUCUCAAGACCUCCCGCCCGGGCUGGGUGUCGCCGGUUCGUCCGUGUCCGCCCCCCCCGAGCAAAAGCCGUCGGUCACCUGAUGUGGAUGGAGGGAGGCUGUGACGCCAACCUCGAGGAUGCUUAG